GAAACUUCCUCCACUAAAAACCCUAAAAAAUAUAAUAAAACAAAAAGAGAUAAGAGAAUGAGGGAAUAAGGGCAAAGUAAACUAAAGCCUCUUCUUGCUUUCUUCCUCCCUCCUCUUCUUCCUUUAAUGCUCUUUUUCCUUUUCUUUCUCUUCUCUUUGUAUUCCCUUGGUUUGAUUCUCCACCAUCUCCCUAAAGAGCCAUAUCAAUACUUUAUAAAAGAUAAGAUAAAAGGAUUUUCAAUACCAUGGUUUUCUCUUCUAUUCAAGGUUAUGUAGAUCCACCUAAUUGGCACCACCAGCAACCAAAUCAUCAUCAUCAACAAAAUGGAAGUGAUAACACUCAACUACUUCCACCUUUACCUCCUCAAGUGGGAGGUAAUACUGGCGCGGCGGGUGGUGCCAUGGGCUCGAUCAGACCAGGCUCAAUGGCUGAUCGAGCUCGUUUAGCAAAAAUACCACCACCAGAACCCGCGCUAAAGUGUCCUCGUUGCGAUUCAACCAACACUAAAUUUUGCUACUUCAAUAACUACAGUCUCACUCAACCUCGCCACUUCUGUAAGACAUGUAGGCGUUAUUGGACAAGAGGGGGUGCACUUAGAAAUGUUCCGGUUGGUGGAGGGUGUCGUAGAAACAACAAAAAGAACAAAAGAAACCGUUCGAAAUCUCCUACUCCAACAAACUCUCAUGAGAAACAAACUUCCUCAUCAAGUGCAAUCCCUUCUCAUCCUGAACUAAUCGGUCAUCAGCUACCGCAACAAAUAAGCAACUUACCCUUUAUGGCCUCUAUGCAGAAUCAUCUCAGUCGUUAUGUUGUCGGAAACGUUAACAUGGGUCUCGGUAACUCAGAUCAUAUGGGGUUUCAAGUUGGUGCUGGUAAUGGUAACUGUAACUCAGCUUCUGCUUCAGCUACGGUAGGUGGUGGUGGAGUUGAACAGUGGCGUAACUUGCAGCAAUUUCCCUUCAUGAAUACUUUCGAAUCAAAUUCCGGUGGAAACAAUUCAUACCAUUUUCAAGGAGAAACUAUAGAAGCUGCAGCAGCAACUGGAUUUGUUGGAGAUCAUAUAGCUUCAAACUCUAGGGCUGUUGUUAAUCAAGAGCCACCAGUUAAAAGAGAAGAAAACCGUGGUUUAAAUUUAUCAAGAACUUCUCUCGGUGUCUCCGAACAAAAUAACCAACAACAAUACUAUUCAUGGAAUGAUUUAUCAGGUUCUUCAACUACUCAUCUCUUAUAACCAUCAACUUUCUCACGGAACUAUGAUCUCGAUCACUCAUAUUUACUAACGCAGACAUCGUAGUAAAAUCGACGAUCUUCUUCUUCGUCUUCUUCCUCUUCUUUUUCUACCUUUUUUUUGUUUUGUUUUUCUGGAUUUUCAUGGAGUCAAGUAAUUUAUGUACUACAAAUAUGGGCUUGUUUUUGUUUUAUUUUGUACAACUCUAUAUGUGUGCAUGUAAUAUUAUGCUAUGUUAUGUGUGUGUUUUGUUUUCUACCUAAAGUUGUAAUCUCGUUUGGUACAAAAACUUUCCUUAAGUU